GCUGUUACCGACAUCACAUCAGAGACAACGGAGAAGCCUGAAACUGAUGACAAAUCAACCGUGACACCAGAGAACACAGACACACCUACGACAGAAGGAAAGUCGUCUGAGGCUAGCGAGACCGCGGCGUCAGCGGAGACGGUUUCAACUGAAGGAAAGUCGUCUGAGGCAAGCGAGACUGCGGCGUCAACGGAGGCGGCUUCAACUGAAGGAAAGUCGUCUGAGGCUAGCGAGACCGCGGCGUCAACGGUGGCGGCUUCAACUGAAGGAAAGUCGUCUGAGGCUAGCGAGACCGCGGCGUCAACGGUGGCGUCUUCAACUGAAGGAAUGUCCUCUGAGGCUAGCGAGACCGCGGAGUCAACGGUGGCGUCUUCAACUGAAGGAAAGUCGUCUGAGGCUAGCAAGACCGCGGCCUCAACGGAGGCGGCUUCAACUGAGAACAAUGAAAUUGGCCUUAAAUGA